CACACACCUAUUUUCAUUCCGCGCACGAGUCAUCUGGCGCUUCAGAGUGUGUCUGACAGGGUUGGCAAAUGUAACAGAAUGGCUUUUUCGAUUCGCUGUGAUUUCAUGGCUAGUUGUCUGUAUUCGAUAAACUUUCAAAACAUCCAAUUGUUAUCAACCGUAAUAAGUCCGAGACUAAAAUUAACCAGACUAAAGAAAGAUACUCUUUAUAAGAGUAUUUAAUUGUAAUGCGUUGAUAUGACAACCUUCACUAGUCUUCAUGAGCUUAUUUCACGAUUGAAUGAUUUGCUUGAUGUAUAGCUUAACUGCCAAGUAUGAAUACAACACUCAAUACACAAAAAGAAUAAAAAUAAUUGAAGCGCAAAAUGAAAAAGUAACCACUAUUCUUUUUUUUUCUAAUGCCAAAAAGAACUUCUUCAGGCAGCCAUGGCGAAGAGAAGAAGAAAGCCAAAACAGAGUUACCAGAACCGCUCAAAGACUUGAAAAGCAAGUUUGAGCGAGUGAAUGUGUUUUAUGCUUUUUGUGAUGCCAAAUUGACGACCUCAAUCACUUUACAAACCAUGCAGAAAUCAAUACAAGAUCUCACAUUACAAGAUCUUGCUGCCAUCAAUGUGAUCAUUCCAAACUUUGUUCAAUUCAACUACAUCAAUCACGAUGUUCUUGAAAUACAGUUUGGUAAACCUAUUUGCAAAAAGUUUACAGGCAAUAAUCAGGACUGGUGGUCUAAAGACAACAGUAUGCCAGUUGUAAAGCCAAAUGUCAUAAAAAAACAUAUAGAGCACCAGAGCAAAUUGUUUCAAACAGCUUUAACCACAUUCUUAAAUCGCUGUCAAGAAGAGGAUAUUGAUCCAAGCGAUCAUAUAUUAAAGCAAGUUGAGAAUACCAUGCCUAUCUAUAUUCCACUUGAUAAUGAUGACAAUUGGCUUGACCCUAUUGAGCCCAACGUUGGUUCAGUCGCUCAUGCUUUGAAUGGGUUAAGGUCAUGGCCAUUUUAUGAUGGUCAACUUGAGAAAUCAGAUAAUCAAAAGACCUUUUCUGCAAAAUUACCUGUAUUUGGUGACCUUGACUUAUCAAACGAAAUAAAGGACGCUCUGUGUAAAAAGGGUAUUCAAUCAUUAUAUUUACACCAAACCGAAGCAAUUCAAGGUUUACGCGAUGGCAAGCAUGUUAUCGUCUCUACUUCCACAGCAAGUGGCAAGUCCUUGAUCUAUCAGAUACCUGUCCUAGAAAGGCUAUUAAAGGAUCCAUCGAAAAAGGCUUUAUUCAUAUUUCCAACCAAGGCAUUAGCCCAAGACCAAAAACGCUCUCUGCAAGACAUGUUGAGCUGCAUACCCUCCUUACAAGACAUUAUGAUUUCAACUUUUGAUGGCGACACACCUCAUGAUCAGCGUGCAUAUAUAAGAGAUAAUGCUAGCGUUAUAUUCACAAACCCUGAUAUGCUACAUCAUGCCAUUUUACCAAACAAUAACCGAUGGAAGACGUUUCUCUUGUCUUUAAAAUAUAUUGUCGUUGAUGAACUACAUGUCUAUAAUGGGCUCUUUGGGUCCCAUAUUGCCUUUAUUAUGCGCAGAUUGCGUAGAUUGUGUGACUCUUUUGGAAACGUGGAUUAUCAGUUCAUUUCAUGUAGCGCAACCAUCGCUGACCCCGAGACACAUAUGACUACACUAUUUGGUGUAAAUAAUGUCAAACUGGUGAAUCAAGAUGGCGCACCCCAUGGACAAAAAGAAUUCAUUAUCUGGAACCCUUCUCUGACGAACCCACAUGAUCCCAAAUCGGAACGAAGAGGUGCUGUAGCCGAAGGCGCCCUGCUUUUGGAAUACCUCUUGGAAAAUAACGUGCGAGUUAUUACAUUUUGUAAGACGCGUAAAUCAUGUGAACUUUUGAUGAAGCAUGUACGCGAGAGCUUAGAAAAGAAACAAAAGAGACAUGUACUGCAGAAAGUAAUGUCUUAUCGAGGAGGAUAUACGUCCGGCGAGAGACGAAGGAUUGAAGAAAAGUUGUUCAAUGGUGGGCUAUUGGCAGUGGUUGCAACGAACGCUCUAGAAUUGGGUGUUGAUAUUGGCAGUUUAGAUGCUGUACUUAUAGUUGGCGUACCUUGGUCAAUAUCUGCGAUGUGGCAGCAAUCUGGUAGAUCUGGUAGGAGGAGUACGGAUUCUCUCUCUUUUGUUAUAACAGACAGGCAUCCUUUGGAUCAGUAUUAUGCAACUCAUCCUUUAGAACUUUUUAAUAAACAACCAGAUGCCUUGGCCCUUGAAUUAGAAAGCUCCAUUGCUUUAGAAAGUCACCUGCAAUGUGCUGCAGAAGAGCUGCCUAUCCGCUUGCCAGAUGAUGAGACGUACUUUGGCACAGAUAUCAAGGAAACAUGUAAUAAAUACCUUAAACCAAUUGGUGAAGGAAUCUAUAGGCCUGAUCCUCGUUUUAGACCCUAUCCUUCUCAGUAUGUCAGUAUCCGUAAUGCAAGCGAAGAUACUUUUGUUGUGAUUGAUGUGACAGAUAACAGAUAUGCGAUUUUGGAAGAAAUUGAAGUUUAUCGUGCAGGGUUUGAGAUAUAUGAAGGUGCAAUCUUUAUUCAUCAAGGAAGAACUUUCUUAGUUGAGGAGUGUAAUAUUGAUCAAAGAUAUGCCAAGGUGCACUUUGUGAGAGUGGACUGGACGACGACUCAACGAGAUUAUACAGAUGUAGACGCUAUAAGGACAGAGAGUAGCCGACAUAUAGAAAAAACAAAUAAUUUUAUAUCCUAUGGUGAAGUUAAAGUAUCUACAACUGUAUUUGGUUAUUAUAGAAUUGACAAGAGAAACCGUAUCAUAGAUUCACAUGACGUCUACAUGGACCCUAUCAUCACACACUCGAACGGUGUAUGGACAGAUGCCCCUGCAGCAGCCAUUGAUCAACUAAGGAAACUUGAUAUAGAUCCAAUGGCCGCAGUUCAUGCUGCAUGUAAGGGCUUAAUCGCAUCACUCAGCACAUGAUUUUAAAUUUUAUUUUUAG